AUGGAGGAGAAGGGAACGCAGUCGGGCGACGGGCUGGAAUGCCUCAAGAGGGUCCGCAGUGAAGGCUGCGUUCUCCGGAGACAACAGCUCGUGCGAAAUUCGCCUCUCCCCAUCACUUCCUGCUACACUCUGGACGAAGUGAUAGGGUUAGGGUCGUUUGCCUGCCGGGUGUACCGCGCGACAGAUAUUUUAUCGGGUGUGCGCCGAGUGGUGAAGCGGGUCAGCAGGGACCAGCCAGAAGGAGUUCGUAUUUUGCGAAACGAAGUGACAUUUCUAAGGAGAGCACACCAUCCAAACAUCGUCAGACUCUUCGAGGUCUUCGAGGACCCGGACGCCGUCUACCACGUGACUGAGACGUGUUAUGGUGGUGACCUGCACCAGUGGCUGGACAGGCGCUUGAGGAGAAGGCAGAGACACUCCAGAAGGCGCACUGUCAGUUUCUGCUCCAUUAAUGAUAAUAACCCGGCUGAGCUGCAGCAACACCUGCAGGAGGAACAGCAGCAGCAGGGACAGCAAAUCGGCGGCAGCCCCGUCGAUCCCGAGUUAGCUCAGCCGUCCUCGGCACCAACAGCGGCAACAGCAACAGCAGCAACAACGCCUAAUUCAGUGGAGGGGUACAGCAGCAACUCUCUCUCGCCGGUUGCUGCUUCCUUCAACAGGCGAGCGGGCAGCAGCAUGCGAGUGGCUUGCCCGGUUGCAGCUGGUGCAGCAGCUGCCGCAGCAACAGUAGCCGCAGCGGCGGCCGGACUAGCGGCAUCAUCCUUGUCUCCAUCUUCAUCUCCAACAGCAGCAGGCCCAUCGGGGCCAGCAGCAGCAGCACCAGGCAGUCGGCCGUUGGUGAGCGAAGAGAUGGCUGCGCAGAUAGCAGGGCAGCUGUUGUGUGCACUGCGUUAUUUGCACAGCAGGGAAAUUGCGCAUUGCGACGUAAAACUCGAAAACAUUUUGUUGGCAGCAGAAUUAGAUGACUCUGAAGCGACGGGAGACGGUGCCAGUAGCGAGGAGGAAGAGGCGGCGCUCAUGCAACAGCAAGAGCUGCAGCUGCAGCAGCAGCAACUACUGCAACAGGAGCAGGAAAGAAACACCUACGCAACAAACAGGGCCCGCCCUGGGCUGCGUCGACCAACUGGCCACAGUAGCAGCAGCAUCAACAACAGCAGCAGCAGCAGCAGCUCGAAUGCACUGGCGGUAGUGCCGAUGGUGUUGCGAAAGCGACGUGGGUUGGGAGGGGGAGAAGGCGAACGAAGCGAAUGUAGAGAUAGAGACAAAGAAACAGACCGAAACAGCAGAAAUUUGUCGCUACCAAAUGCCAGAGACAGCCCUAGCGACUCCACACAUUCUCUCGCCGGCAAGUUUCGAAGGAAGAAUAUUAUUGUAAAACUUGCAGACUUUGGCCUUGCGAAGAAAAUCGUGCGAGGCAGGCCGAGGCAGAAGGUGUGCCCCAGGCUGUCUGUAGAAGGUACGCUCUAUUACCGCUCUCCUUGGCAGAUUCUGCACGGGGUGGAAGGGGAUGAGCGCAGCGACUUGUGGGCAUUGGGAGUUGCGCUUUUUAUUCUUUUUUCUGGUCAUCCUCCAUUCAACGGCGACGACAAAGCUUCCAUUGACCGAGCCAUCACAGACACGCCGGUCUCCUUUAGUGGGGGGGUGUGGGCAAGCCUGUCUCUGCCUUGUUUGGGCUUUUUGAGAGCCCUACUGUACAAUCCUCUGCUGCCGCUGCAUCUCAGAGGCCCUCCACCCCCGCCGCCUUACGGCCAGCCCACCGCCGAACGCAUGCUCAAACACCCGUGGCUGCAGCACUGCUUUCGAGAGGAACGACGCCGUCUAAUGCGUGCGGUUUCUGCGCCGUCGAUCAACUUCUUGGGGGACCCUUCCCCCACUUCAGUUGCAUCCUCGGGUGGAGGUUCGUCUCCAUUUUCUUCUCAUGCUUCUCUUCUGUCUCCUUCUGUCAGCCGAAGCAGCCUUCAGCAUGCGCGGAGAGCCCCGUCGGAUCCUUCUGUACAGACAGGCUGGCUGCCUUUCAAGCCCCAAGACAACGCUAGGGAACUGCAGGCAUCUGUGUCUAGGGCUGCUUCUGACCCUCCGCUACUGCAGCACUUCAAACAGGCCCAUUCUGCCCCAGCAGCAGCAGGAGGAACAACCACAACAGUAGCGGGCAGACGAGGAAGCGUCUCCUGUUGCGUCUGCUGCAGCUCCUGGAGGUGCCCCUUUGGAUGUGCCACUCUACCCAGGCAGCAGAAAGAAUUCAACAAACUGCGAAUAUGCUGGGGCAGGGCUCCUCUUGUUGCAUGGGAUGAGAUGUUGUUGCCACAACAGCAGCAGCAGAAACGAGCAAGACCGCCGCCGUCUGAGGGAGGCGUGGGGGACUUAGUCGUGGCUGCCGAACACGAGGAGGAGAAGCCGUUGGGAAGUGCGGAGGCAAAUAUAGACAGAAGUAAACAGACAAGCAAGGAGAUCAACAGUGAAGAAAAGGAUGAGGAUUCAAAUAGCGACAAGAAGUGCUGCGUGCUGCAGGCGUUCGGCGUACGCGCGUUGCGGUGCGUCUCUUGCGAGGGCGAAGAGGCCUUGAACUUUUUAUCGGAAUGCAGCAGCGACUGGAGGGGUUUGCCCGAAUGCAGCACGCAGCAGCUGCAGCCUCAUGUGCGGCUGACAUGCCCGAUUUCAGGUUUGCUUGGUCUGGAGAGCUGCGUAGCAGCAACAAAUGCUGCCGCUGCAGCAGCAGCGGCUGCUGCAGGAGUGGCCAAGGCGGUCCACCGCGAAGCAGCAGCGCAUCUGCAGGGACCGCAGCAGGGCCCUCCUUUGGAAAACGUUCCCCACUUUCAUCUGCCAGCUCUUACGGCGCCAUUAUCGACUGUCUUCAGCAACAGCAGCAGCAAGAGUCGCUGCUAUUGCAGCAGCGGCGAUUGUGAAUUUAACAAGAGGGCAGAAGGCACAGACGCAGUACCCUUAUCUGUUUGUGGCCGAUGCGCCUCGACCAGCAGGAACAGGAGCAGCAGCAGGAGCUGCUGCAUAGCGGUGGCUGACUGGCUGAUGGUGGAGUUAUUUGAAGCCCGGGUUUUGCUGCUGCUCCUGGCUGCUGCCUGGCUAGAGUUCGCUUCUCUGAGCCCUCUGCAGAAGGCUCUGCGGUCGGUGGUAGCGAAGCUGAUGGAGAAUGACGAACUGUUUCGACCAGUCAGGGAUGUCUUGUGGGUCCUUGAUCCUCAGCAGACAGGACAUGUUUCUUGGCAUUGCUUGCUAGAUAGUCUUAAAGUUGUUCGCGACUUCUUCCGAUUGGAGGCCUUCCUUAGAGAUGGCGAUCAAAAUAACAGCGACACCCCGAGUACAGUGGCUGGCCUCAGACAGCCUCACCCCAGUGGCAACAGCAGCAACUCCAUGAGCAGUAAUUUGCCUGCAUCGCCUCUGCAGACGAUUUUGGCAUUUGCUGGUUUAUCUGCUGGGGAGGGGCCGCAGUUGUCCGAUUUGCUGCCCUUCUGUGAAGUGCUGGACAACGCCUUGGCGCAGACUGCCACACUGAGUAACGAUGCAAACUCGAGCUUUGUUCCCGUUGAGACGCACCCGUGUGGACAGUUUCAUCAGCCAAGAGAAGGUACCCCAGAGCAGGCCGAGGAAGAAAGACUGGCAGGGAGAGCAACAACAGCAGCAGGUGCCGUGGGAAGAACCGGUGGUCCGUCUUGCUUGAUGGAGGAAGCCUUAGUGUGUCUAGAUACCGACGGGAGCGGGUCAGUAGAGUUCGAUGAAUUCUUGGCCGCCUCGAUGACCCGGCUAGAUUUUCUCGAAAGGAAACCGACCUGCAGCGUGGCUUUUCGGCUGUUGGACCGCAACGUGGACGGUUUUGUGUCUGCCAACGACUUGUUGACGAUUUUGCACUUCGAUUCGAAGUCGGAUUUACAGGGUGUUUAUGAGGCGCAGAAGAAACGGGCAGACGCAGCAGUAGCAUCGCUGUUGAGCGCUACCGCUGCUGCUGCCGCUACUGGGGACCCCCUACCGCCUGGGUCUGUGCUUGAUGAGGCAGAGUUGGUUUCGGGGGUCGAUGACCAAGGAAUUGCUUUUCAAGUCCCCGCUGGUGCGGCAUAUAUACUGCAGCUCGAAGGUGUUACUGCAGCCACUGCUCCGGUGUACGUCCAGGUCGUCCGGGAGUUGAAGGCGACGCAGCCAAACGCAAACGGCUUGUGGAGUUUUGAAGAUUUUAUGAACUUGCUCUAA